UGAAAGGAUUUAAAUGCAUGAGGAAUGUGGGGGAAGCAGACUUUGGGAUCCUGCUUAGGUUCGGGCAGGCAGAUUUCUUUCUGAGCUUCCUGCCUUAGUCUGAGUUUUGGCUGCUUCGAGCGAGACAUGGAGGUGGUUGUGUCAGGAGCUCUGCUCCUCCUCUGCGUGCUCCUCCCUCUGCUCUUCUCCACCUGCACAAUGUACAGGAGGAAAGGCCAGCUGCCUCCAGGACCGGCUCCCUGGCCCUUCCUGGGGAACCUGCUGCAGAAAGAUGCCCUGCCUCUGUACAAAUGCUAUCCCAAGCUCAUGGAGAAGUAUGGCUCCAUCUUCACUGUCUGGAUGGGACCAAGGCCUCUGGUUGUGCUCUGCGGUUAUGAAGUGGUGAAAGAUGCUUUGGUGGGUCAUGCGGAAGUGUUUGGAGGGCGUUCUGCCAUCCCCAUUCAUGACAGAGUGUCCAAUAGCCAAGGACUCUUGAAAAGUGGAAGUGAGAUAAAAUGGAGGGAGCUGCGCCGUUUCACACUUUCCACCCUGCGGGAAUUUGGCAUGGGCAAGAAAGCAAUGUCUGAGAGGGUGCAGAAGGAAGCUCUGUGCUUGGUGGAGGAAGUGGCCACCACACAAGGGAAACCCUUUGACCCACGGAGAAUCAUCACAAGUGCUGUUUGUAAUGUGAUCUGCUUUGUUCUCUAUGGGAGUCGGUUUGAUUACACAGAUGAAAACCUAAUAGAGCACCUACGGAUUAUGGACAACAGAUUUAAGUUCCUAUGCAGUUACUAUGGGACGGUAUACAGUGCUAUGGCGAAUAUCAUGGACUACCUGCCUGGAUGGCAUAAGAAAAUCAUGGCUGAGGCUAAAAAGAUGUGCGCCUUCAUCCGUGCAAAGGUGGAAUCCCACAGGCUGACGCUGGAUCCUCAGAACCCCCGAGACUACAUUGACUGCUUUCUAAUGAAGUCAGAAAAGGACCAGAUCUCUCCUGAGAAUGUCUACAAUAGUGAAGAGCUUGUCAUGUGUGUAUUUGACCUUUUCCUUGCAGGGUCAAUAACCACAAGCAAUACUUUGCUCUAUGGCCUUCUGGUGAUGGCUAAGCUGCCACACAUACAAGCAAAGGUUCAACAGGAGAUUGAUGAUGUGUUAGGUGGCAACCAUACCGCUGGCAUGGAGGAACGGAUGAGGAUGUCCUUCACCAAUGCCGUCAUCCAUGAGAUUCUACGAUUCCGAAAAACGGCUGCUGAGGUUUUUCCACGUGAACUGACUUGCCAUACAGAAUUCAGGGGAUACACACUCACAAAGGGCACUGCUGCCACUGCACUUCUUACAUCUGUACAUUUUGACCCUCUGCAAUGGGAAACACCAGAAAAGUUUAAUCCGCAACAUUUCUUGGAUGAGAAGGGCCAGUUCAGGAAGAGGGAUGCCUUCAUGGCCUUUUCAGCAGGAAAGCGGGCCUGCCCAGGGGAAGCACUGGCUCGGACGGAGCUUUUCCUGUUCUUCAGCAUUCUGCUCCAGAACUUCACUUUCCAGUUGGUUGAAGAUGGCCAAAAUAUCGACAUAACAUCUUUCAAACAAAGAGAUCAAUAUCCCCUGAUACGGGCCAUUAGACGUUGAGACUGAACUGUACUCACUCACUGAAUGUCUCAUGAUUAAAUAUAAACUUAGGAUGGCAGACAAGAAGAACUUCUGAGACAUUCUGUUACUUCCAUCCAUUUGUUAACUUGUCCUAAUUAAAAUGAACCACACAUUCAAGUGCUAUUAAUGUACUUUCAAAAAUAAAUAUACAUUUUCCUGAA